UCACUUCCUGUUUAUUUCCGCGUAUGCUUGUGUUUAAAACCAUACAACUGUAACCAUUUUAAACAAAAAUGACCACCACAAGGUCCACAGCUUUUUCCUACAACUAUGCCAUCAUCUGCCGCGUCCCGCGAAGCUUUGCUGAACGUGGAGCACUUGCAGAAGGACGUCAAAUCGAUUACGAGGCCGCUCGCGAUGAGCAUCGGCAGUUGGUUGAUGUUUUGAGGAAAUGUUCUCUAAAUAUCAUCGAGCUACAGGAGGAUGAAGACUACAAAGAUUGCUGUUGUGUAGAGGACUGUGCAGUCAUUAUUGGGGGAACAGCCUUGAUCACUCGGCCAGGACUGAAAGUUAGACAAGGAGAGACAAAAGAGAUCAGACGAGUGUUAAAGUCCGACCUUAAACUUCGAAUUCAAGAAAUACAUGAUGGGUCCGCUACAUUAGAUGGAGGAGAUGUACUGUUUACUGGAAAGGAAAUCUUUGUCGGUAUUGGAAAGAAUACAAAUGAGGCCGGAGCGCAGGCUGUUGCUGAAGCAUUCCCGGAAUAUGUUGUCGUUCCGAUCUACAUGGAGGCGACAAAAGCUCUCCAUCUGAAGUCUCUGUGCAGUAUGGCAGGCAGGCAGGUCAUCGCCGUCAGCUCGUCGGACUGUGGCACAAAGAUUUAUAGGCAAAUCAAGCAGCAGGCCCAGUUCAGUUACGAACUUCUGAAGCUGGAAGAUGACUCUGCGGCCAACAUGAUUUACCUGAAUGGACGCCUCAUUCACCGAACACGAGAUGAGAUGGCGGAUGUUUGCUGGAGUGUACUGGACGAAAAGAUUUUAAACCCUCGCCACCAGACUUCAAUCAACGAGCUUUCGAAGGCGCGCGUGACAUUGUCUAGUCUCGUACUUCUGAUCAACAAGGAAAAGCGUGCACGAAAACUCGUGUCCAACUUGCAAGACGAAGAUAUGGACCGAUACGCAACUAUCAAAACACUUAAAUAGACCAAUCUAAUUAAAACCAUGUACGUCAAGACAGAAACAUUUUAGAGAUCAAGCUUGUUUUUAUAGUAUUCUUAUAACAGGGGUUUUAUAGCCUUGUAUUUUUUGUCAGCCAUUAAACUUAUGCUUGAAUUUGGUAAACAAUGCGUUUAUAUAAAACUUAUGCUUGAAUUUGUUAAACAGUGCGUUUAUAUACAUACAAGAACAUGAUUUCCAGUCAUUAUAAUAAUAAACAAGUUUCGACCUAAAAGUUUUAAAGAAACCCGUUACAAGAUAUACCAGGUAUAUUUGUCACUAAGGACUAUUCCAGUAAAACAUAUACCCCAGGGGGAGGGAGUUACUUUAAUAGUAUAUGUGUGGGUGUCUUUUUUGCUUAUUUGGACCCCGAAAUGGUAUAUUUGCUUCUGUAGGGGGUUGGUAUACUUUAAAAGUGUCUUCCCGCGGGGGUUAUAUGUUUUACUGGAAUAGCCCUUAUAAAAACACUAGGUUUUUGAUGCUGAAAGCAUUUGGAAGUUUUUAGUUUUAAUAGCAUUGUAAUAACUCGUACCAUUCCUCUGCCCCAUUAUUUUGUUUGUGCCCUUAAUUCAUUUCAUGACUAGUUAUAAUCAUAUACCGGGUAGUUAUUUAUAAGGAAUUAGUACUGUAUUUUUGCGCUUUUUUAACUUAUUAAACAAAAGGUCAUCAUGAAAUAACAAUUUAUGUUUAAUUUAAUAAUGAUUUAUGUUUAGUUUUUCCAUCAUAAGUGUGACAUUUUCAUUCCAUGUCUGUUAAGAUAUACAGCAGUUUAAUUUGUACAUAUGAAUAAUUGUUAAUACAAUAUUUUACGAGGUGUUUUUAUACAUUAUCACUGUAAGACAAACAAAUUUUUGUUUCAUGCUUUUUCCAUGGUUUAUUGAACAAUAUUGGUAGAAUAUAUCUUGAUAUAUUCACUGAUUGAAAAGGUGAAUUUAUCAAGAUUUAGUUUCACUGAUUUUCCUACAUAAGCCUGAUAUUUGAAAAAAACCGCUGUAAAUACAUAAUUGUGCAGGGAAGAAAAAUCAGAGACAUAAUUUCUGGAAUAUCGUCAUUAAUUUGGCUCCAAUUUGAAAAUUUAAAAUAAUUUUUAUAUAACAUCAAUAAACUUUUAUUUUUAAAUGAAUUGAAAACAUGAAAUAAAAAAAAAUAAAAAAUCUGUGAAGGUGUAAUUUUGUAAUAUAUUUCACAUUGUGAACACCAAAACUGUAAGUUUACUCGUGAAAUACAGCUUUUUGUGCUCACACUUUGCUGCGCAUUACUUUACUCUGAAUUUUUUUUUACUGCUAUAUACAAGCCAAGGUCUUCAGUGAUCACAUUUAGGUUGCAUUGAUUCGAGUGUUGUUAGUUCCCUACCUUUUUAUAACAAUUUAUUUUUUGAAUCUCUUAUUGUCAUUAAGUAAAAAACUGAUAUACAUGAGAGUAUGAUAUAAUAUAAAUAUUUGUUUUUUUAAACAAAAAAUAAAUUGUUUAGUUUUCUGUUAAGUUUAACAGAGCUAUAAAGUGUAAAUGUAGGUGUUAAAAAUUUUCAUGCUCUUGUUUGCAGAAAUGUUAAAUACUUUAAAACAAGGAUUACUUUUAUUUUACACUUUGCUUAAAUUGCUUAUCAUUAUAACACUACAUUUAGGUCUGUGUGGCCAUUUCAGGGCAAAGUAUACAUUUAUAAGCAUUAGAAAGUUAACUUUUGUGGCUUUUUGAUUGAUUGAUUGAUUGAUCUGAUUGAUUGUCUGACUGAUUGAUUGAAUGAUUGAUUGAUUGAUUGACAGUCAUCAAAAUAAGUCUUUUGGAUGAACAAGCCGGAAUUCUUAUAAUAUUGCUUGGCAUCAAAUUUUUUAACAAGCCCUGCUAUAUAAAAUUCAGAAUUUAAGCAAGCCCGAAAGACGCUUAACCAGUGCAGGGCUUGCGGGCUUGUGCUAAUUUCAACCACUGGAUUGAUUGAUUGAUUUAUUGCUGUUUAUUCAGUUUAAGAUAUACUUGAUGAACAAUUCCUACAUAAUACAUUGAGAAAAAUGAUUACAUUAAGCCGUACUUGAAAAUACAUCACAUAAAAUUAUCACAACAUGCUUAAUUUGAAAAUAUUGACAAAAUUCUUUGGCUACAAAAUAUCUUUGGACUAAGAACUUAAAAACUUUGAUAAAAAUUGAUAACUUGACUUUAGACAGAUAAAUUAAUUUUUAUGUGUGAUGGAUGGCCCAUGUAAGUCUGAAGGUUUUCAUGGAGCCUCUGUGGUCAUGAUUAAAAACAAGUCGUAAGUCUGAGUUCAGACUCAAGUGGUAAAAGUUCAAAUCUUCAUUCCAUUGUAACUUUCCUUCAAGAUGAGUUUUGAUGAUGAAAUUUGUUCAGUUUUAUUACUUUCUGAAAAUUAUCAAUUAUUUUCAUUUAUUUUUGGUUAAACGAAUGGAAUUAAGAUAAGUCUUUGUAUUUUGAUAGAUUUAAGUGUUUUCUGAGUCUGAGUCUCGAAUCUCGAAUCUGUUUCGAAAUUUGCCUCAGGUUCUAAUGGAAUGCUUGUUGUGAAACAUGUACAUAUGUAUCUGAGAGAUUUGUAAAUCUGCUUUUAAGUGCAAUUAUGAAGUUGUAUUACUAUAUUUUGUACACAAACAUUUCCAUGUGUAUUUACAUACUAGUUUAUUUUAUAUAAUAGUUGAUACUUAUGUAGCGAUAGUGAUAUUUGUAUAGACGCUUGCUAUGACUUAACAUGCAUACAUUUAAAUGAAAAAAUAAUAUUGAUUUAUGUAUAUUUAUGUUCAUUUUUAAGCAAUUUAAACUAAUUCAACUCUCAUAAAAACAUACCUGAGAAUUUAAAUCUAGAAAACUGAAUUGGCAUCCCAGGAUGCCAAGGUACUUGCUUAAAAUUUACAGCAAAAAAAUAUUUUUGAUAUUAAGGGGACUUGCUCAUGGUUUGUGAAAUGCACUUUUAACAGAUUUUUUUAAUUCAAAAUAAAGAGUGUCAAAUCAUAUCUUUUUCUGCAAUUUCAAUAUCAAAGUGUAAACUAAUUAUAAUAUAAGUGUUUUCAGAUGCAUUUCUGGGGAAAACUUAUUUUUGGUGCAAAACAGAGUGAGUGAGUCCCUUUAAAAUUGAGCAAAAUUGCAGUACAUACAUGUAUGAACAAUAUAACACUAUAAUCUAUAUGAUUGACUUUUAUGCAUGAUGAGUAGAAAAGUUUAAACUGAUGAAUACGAUUGUUGCUUUUUAAGUACAUGUAGGUGUUGAAUUUCUUGCUUCAUAUAAUUUACAUGUAUAGCCAUAUUUGAUGUGAAAUUUAUGUUUUUAAUAGAGAUAUGUAUGUAUACAUUAAUAAGGUUGUGAAAUUUAACUAGACUAGUAUAAAGCCCGCAAUAUCUUCUUCCUUUUUUCCCAUAUACUUAGCUAAGCUAUUUAAAGAAUGUAUGUAGCUCAACUAGACUAGACGUGUACAAAACUCUUAAGGGGGGGGCCCUGUCUUGACAUUCUCAUACACCAGGUCAAUGAUGCUAUGCGUUCAACUGAUAUAUCAUUGUCAAACCUCUGAUGAGGUUGUCCGGUUAGUGCAGUGGUUGUCCGGCUUGCACAGUGGUUAGCGCAUGUGAGUGGUCAGUGGUCACCAAGUCGGGCAAGUGGGUUUUCUCCAGGGUUCUCCAGUUUCCCCCACAACACAAGACCACACUCUCGCGUAACAUCGUGCCAACGAGAGCGAUUAAUAUAAUGUUGUUAAAACUUGUUUCACAAUCAUUGUAAAAAUAAAUAAGUUUAAACUAAACCUCUGAUGAAUGAGAAUGUGUCAUGACAGCAAACGCUAAACUUUGAGCUCUCAAUUGUGUGAAUCAGGCAGUGAAAGUAUGAAAAGUUUGAAGUGAUAUCAAAAUUGACGUAUUACAUCUGUUUCGAUUUUACACCUUGAAAUGUACAAACAUUUUUUUCAUCAUAAUUGUAGAAGUGUUUAGUCUGUAGAUAUUUUUUUAUUUGGUGUUAAUUAACCUAUACACUUGUUGAAGCAAAGCAUAAACCAAGAUUAAAUUUUGAUCACAUUUAAAUGUCAGUCAAUAGCUAUGUAUAGUUAUGUAUAGCACUAAAUUAGGAUAGUAUUGUUGAAAAUCUAUCAUUUACGAUUUAGGUCUCUGAUAAUGGAUCGAUACAAUUUAGGUCGCUGAUAAUCGAUCGAUACGAUUAAGGUCGCUGAUAAUCGAUCACAUAAUCGAUGUUGACUAUCUGGCUUCAUUCUUUAUAAUAUAUAAAGUAUGGAAACACAAACAGUAUAAAUUACUUCCUAUUAGUUUAAGUAAAUUAAAUUUUUAACACUAAAAAAAUACUGAAAAUGAUCAAAAAACAAGUUAGUACAUUGUUAAAUUCACUUAUUUUAAUCAUAUCUGUAAAUUACGAAUAAACAAAACUGAUGAAAAUGGCUCAAUCGAUUAUUUCUGACGGUCGAUUAUGUUAUUCAACCAAUUUUUAAUUCCUAGCACUAUAUUUAGAAUUGAUUUGAUAUUGUAUCAUUCCCACAUAUUUGUUAUCAGGUGAUUUCUACUUUUCCCAUUUUGUGCUAUUGAUAUAAGAAAAAGGAGCUUAAACAACAAAUGAAAUUAUUUUUGUACUAAGUAAAAUACAUGUGAUGUAGAUCAUCUACUAGAAGUAAGAAUAUUUGUGGAAAAAUAUUCGAAUUCCACGUAGACUCGAACUGGAUUUAAAGGACCAGUUUCUUGAUACUAAAAAUCAAACUUUGCGAGGCUGGAUGUAUUUUCGCCAGGUCCCUGGGAGUUGAGCAAACAGGGUUCGACUAUAUAUAGAAUCAAGUGAACUUUGUGUAGAUCUUUCUCCUGCACGAUUUCAGUAUAAUUACAAUUAAAGCAAAUAUUGUAAGUUUGAAAAAAUGUAGAAUCAGCAAUUUUUUUAUUUUAUUUUUUUAUAACAAAUUAAAGUUAAUAUUUUGUAUUUUUCGGGUAGAGUAUACAUUUUGCCUUGUAGGAAUUGCUUCAAUUUAUAUUAAAUAAACUAUAUAAUACAUAACUGCAUUUUGUUGUUAAUAAUAUCUAUCAUUUUGUCAUUAUUUUGACUUGUACACAUGCUUGGCCAUGUUGCUUGUACACCUUAAAUUAUCCAUGUCCGUAAAAUAUACAUAGAAAACGCUA